CUUUCUAAGAAGCUGAAUUGUUCGUAUCAGGUGCUGUUACAGUCUACUUAUCUGGCCGCUCGCACGCAGUCCUAUUGAGUUCAACAAUCCCUCAAGGGCCUCGUAGAUGCGAUCGAUACGGCAAAAAAAAAUUGAUGGCUGAACCAUUACGAACCCAAAAUUAUACUCGUUGGCAUCCCAUUCUCGUCCAGUGGACCGAGGGAACGUACAAGAAGGUAUAAAGCCCUCGUCAAUCUGACGAGGUCCAACAGCCACUCCUCUCAAUUUAAACCAUGCAGCUCUCACUUGUUCUUACAACACUCAUGGCCUUGGCCGCUAUUGCUGCGGCAUAUCCCACACCAGAUUUGGGGAUGGUUGAACGUAGAUCUUUAGCUAAGCGCGAGGAGCUCGAGUCUGGCCUCAUUGGUGAUUUAAAUGCUAGGUUGCCUGAGCAAUCUAACAACACGCACGAGAGAGCUUUGGCUAUCCCAGCGAGCGGGAUCGGGUAUUGAAUGGAGGGCCUAGGAGAAAUGUAACAAUGUCUAUGAGAAGAAUUGAGUUAUUCUAUGCGUAGUCGAUUAAUCGUGCCUGUAUAACAUCUAUCUCAACAAUGGGCUAGCUAUAAGUCUCUUUUUAAACAAUGAGAAGCGCGAGUAACCUCGAGUAACUCAGGGCUUCUCUAUUAGCCUUUGUCAUCCAUGGCACAUCCGCGGGACUGUCUACUAUGCAAUAGACUUAUGCAAAUAUAAAUUAGGACAUCGAGCUUGCGGUUCUCGCCUUGAAUUCUCAUCAGGUACAAGAAAUAGCUGCAAGUGUCAAAAGAUCAGCCCUCUGUGCGAGAAGAACGACGACC